CGCCGAGCCGUUGAAGCCGGCUCCUUUUUCCGCCUAUAUAUAGGGAGCGGUUACCGAUUCCAGUGGGUCACAGAUUUCUCGUGCGACGCCGACCCGGGAGAGAGGGGAAGAGAAACGGUUAUCGUCGUUUGCACUUCCGAUCGUCAUCAUCAUUGCCGCGAGACGUUGAGACGGAUCAGAAAUGGUGAUGAUCGAUCAGUACAUUCUCGGCGGUUUCGUUGCGUCCUUGUUUGGAUUCGUGUUGUUGUACAAUUUGCGAAGGAAUGUACGGAGGACCAAGGUAUCGAAGGCUGUGCGUAAAAAUGAAAGCGUAAAGGGCUCCGCCGCUGGCGGCGGACGGACGGUGGAUGACGGUGGAGAUGCCGACAUUAUCAUCGUCGGUGCUGGUGUUGCAGGAGCUGCUCUGGCUUACACCCUUGGGAAGGAGGGACGCAGAGUUCAUGUCAUUGAAAGGGACUUAGCAGAGCCAGAUCGUAUAGUGGGAGAGCUUCUACAGCCAGGAGGGUAUUUGAAAUUGAUUGAGUUAGGCCUUGAAGAUUGUGUGACAGAUAUUGAUGCUCAGCGAGUCUUUGGCUAUGCCCUUUACAUGAAUGGACAACACGCCAAGUUAUCUUAUCCCUUGGAGAAGUUUGAUUCGGACGUGUCGGGAAGAAGCUUCCAUAAUGGUCGAUUCAUACAGAGGAUGAGGGAAAAGGCAGCAACACUUCCAAAUGUUAGACUUGAACAGGGAACAGUAAUAUCCUUGGUUGAAAAAAGGGGAAUUGUUAAAGGAGUAAGAUACAAGACUAAGAAUGGUGCAGAGGUAACUUCAUCUGCUCCUCUCACCAUUGUUUGUGAUGGCUGCUUUUCAAACUUGAGGCGCUCCCUUUGCACACCUCAGGUUGACAUCCCAUCUUGUUUUGUUGGCCUACUCCUAGAAAAUGCUGAACUCCCAUUUCCUAAUCAUGGGCAUGUUAUUCUCGGAGAUCCUUCACCCAUCUUAUUCUAUCAAAUCAGCACCACGGAAACUCGCUGUUUGGUUGAUGUCCCUGGGAAGAGAGUACCUUCCAUCGCCAAUGGUGAAAUGGCUACUUAUUUGAAGACUUUUGUAGCUCCUCAGAUUCCUCCCCAGAUACGAAAGGCAUUUGUGGCUGCGGUCGAGAAAGGAAAUAUUCGCACCAUGCCAAACAGAAGCAUGCCGGCCAAUCCUCAUCCGACGCCGGGUGCACUCCUAAUGGGAGAUGCAUUCAACAUGCGCCAUCCCUUAACAGGAGGAGGAAUGACCGUCGCCCUAUCAGACAUUGUUCUCCUCCGCAAUCUUCUUGGACCUAUUCAAGAUUUAAGCGAUGCACGAGCCCUUUGCAAAUACCUCGAAUCCUUCUAUACCUUAAGAAAGCCAGCAGCAUCCACCAUUAAUACAUUGGCGGGAGCACUUUACAAAGUCUUCUGCGCAUCGCCUGAUCCAGCAAGAAACGAGAUGCGGCAAGCUUGUUUUGACUAUCUAAGCAUGGGAGGCAUGUUUGCCAAUGGCCCUAUCUCCUUGCUUUCUGGUCUGAACACGAAGCCUUUGACCCUCUUCUUCCAUUUCUUCGCGGUGGCUGUGUACGGGGUCGGCCGGCUUAUGCUUCCAUACCCGUCUCCACGAAGAGUGUGGCUCGGCGCCAGAUUGCUUUCAGGUGCAUCUGGGAUUAUAUUCCCAAUACUAAAAGCAGAGGGAAUCAGGCAGAUGUUCUUCCCAGCAACUGUGGCAGCCUACUACAGAGCUCCUCCCUCUUAGUGAGAUCAUUAUUGAUUGGUACAACACUUGUUUCCACUCGUUAUUGUUAUUAUUACUAUUAUUAUUAUCAUUGUUGUUGUUGUCAUGGUUUAAUUUUUUACACUUGGGAAGAAAUUAUGAGGAAAAGGAUAUUAUAUAGUACCAUCAUCAUCAUCUUCCCGGUAGUUUGCAUAAUUUGUUGGAUCUAUAAAAGUAAACUCUAGGGGUUGUAACUGUAUCUGGAACUGUAAAGCAUUUUUUAAUCUUCUUGUAUGGUAUGGUGCAUGUGGAAGUUACAAUGAAUGAAGUUCGGAAA